AUGAAUACUUUAAAAAACACAACGCAAAUUAAUAAUGCUCUAAAUGCAAUAAAACGAGAACUGGCUGUGCCCAAUAAGGACCUUACUGUGUAUGUAAUGGAAGACGGAGAAACGUAUUCUACUGUCAAUAGGGCAGUUUCGUCGGUUCGUGCACCAGCAACUUUCAAUCCUAGCAAUGAGCAAGUGUUUCUCCGUAAUGGGCUCCCCAAUUGCGACUUCAUCAAAGAGCAUUUUUUCAACGAAGGUCGUUUGAAAGAAGACCAAGCUAUUAGGAUUGUAAAGCAAGCGACCCAAUUGUUGAGUGCGGAGCCAAAUUUGCUUAGUGUUCCAGCACCAGUCACUAUUUGUGGAGAUGUUCAUGGUCAAUACUAUGACUUGAUGAAAUUGUUUGAAGUUGGCGGCGAUCCAAAGACCACCAAAUAUUUAUUCCUUGGAGAUUAUGUCGAUAGAGGCUCAUUUUCAAUCGAGUGCUUGAUCUACUUGUACGCCUUAAAGAUUACAUAUCCAAACACUUUUUGGAUGCUUCGAGGCAAUCACGAGAGCAGACACUUAACAGAAUACUUUACUUUCAAGAAUGAGUGUUUGCACAAGUACUCAUCUCGAUUGUACGAAGAGUGCAUAGCCUCGUUUAACGCACUCCCGCUAGCAGCAAUAAUGAAUGAACAGUUCUUUUGUGUUCAUGGAGGGCUCUCGCCACAAUUGACAGACCUUGACAGUGUUCGUAAACUUAAUAGGUUUAGAGAACCACCAACAAAAGGAUUGAUGUGUGAUCUUCUUUGGGCAGACCCUAUUGAAGAAUAUGACGAAAACAAUAUCGAUACAGAAUUUUUGAACAAUGCAGUAAGAGGCUGUUCGUACGCAUUUACAUAUAAAGCAGCAUGCAAGUUUCUUGACCGAACCAAAUUGUUAUCAGUUAUUAGAGCACACGAAGCUCAGAAUGCUGGGUACAGGAUGUACAAGCGAACAAAGAGCAUGGGUUUCCCAAGUUUGCUCACCAUGUUUAGUGCACCCAAUUACCUCGAUAGUUACAAUAACAAGGCUGCUGUUUUGAAGUACGAAAAUAAUGUGAUGAACAUUAGACAGUUUAAUGCAUCGCCACAUCCAUACUGGUUACCACAUUUCAUGGACGUUUUCACUUGGUCACUACCAUUUGUUGGGGAGAAAGUUACUGAUAUGUUGGUGAGCAUACUCAAUGUUUGUACAGAAGAAGAGUUGGAAGAGGAAUUUCCCUUGGAAUCUCAAGCCAUUUCAUCUUCAUCUCCAUCUCCAUCUCCAAAAGCACACCCACCUGCGCCUACUUUUGACACUAUAGCUGAAGAGAAUGAUGAAGAAACUUUGGCAGAGAAACGAUUGGCAUUGAGAAACAAGAUAAUCGCCAUUGGUAAAAUGUCUCGUAUGUUUCAAGUAUUACGAGAAGAGCAAGAGAGUGUGGCCCAUUUGAAAGAAUUAAACAGAGGCUUGUUACCAAAAGGCUCGCUCUUACACGGUAAGGAAGGUUUGCAACUGACGAUUUCUUCUUUCGAGGAAGCCAAGGCUGCUGAUAGAGUCAAUGAAGCUUUACCGCCCAGUAUGGAAGAAAUGCGUAAAAUGGAAGAAGAGAGAGGAGAAAGAAUUAAGCAGCAAAUGUCAAAGAAUGAUAAUCCGGUGAUACAUAAAUUGAUCCGAAGAUUAUCACAGAGUUAG